AUGGACGUCGAGCCCCUGUACUGCGCCGAGCAGAUCAACGUCCCGCCCGAGCUGGCGGACGUGCUCAAGUCGUACACCAAGGAGGUGGUUCGCCGUCAGCCCCACGACCUGUACGAAUUCUCGGCCAAGUACUUCGCCGAGCUGGCUGCGGUGGCGAGGACGGCGGUGGUGGAUAUCGUGCCGCCGACGGUGGAUCAGAUCAAGGUCGCGUUUGAAGGUUCUGAAGGCGUAGGGACGCUGAGCGACCUGAAGGCGAAGUGCGUGGGGGCGGGGAUCAUGGGCUCGACUGUCGAUCAGGCGUUCCAGCUCGGGGAAUUCGAGGAGAACAUCGCGGAUCCGAGGACGCCGCUGGUGAUGCUGCUCACCAUGACGGACGCGACGUUCGUGGGCAUCGUCGCGAGCCUCUUUGACGUGUUCGGCGCCGUGAAGGAUGGCGCGGACGACCCCAGCCUCAGGGCCGGGACCUUCCUGGAGACGUUCAUCACCCUCACAGAGAAGGAUCCCUCCAUGACAGCUGAGCGACUCAACGCGCUGAAGGAGCAACUUCCCAAGGGCGAGGGCGACGAGGGUAAGGAUGAUGACGUCGAAAUCACGUUCGCGGACGUCAUGAAAACGGAGGCGUUCCAGGCGAUCCUCGAGGCUAGCGAGUGA